UCUGGCUGAGGGGUGGAAAAGUUACCCGCACGUCUCAGCCUGAAUCAACAUAACCCAGAGAUUAUCUGGAAGACCUUUCUGAUAAAAUAGAGCCCUGCAGAGAUGAAGGGAACUGCCUGAGGACCCACACCUGGAUUAGCAGCUCUGGACUUCUAAAGUGAUAGCAUUUCCCAGCCUUCAACUGAGAAGCUGAACAAAAAAGCCGCCCUGCCUGUCAUCAGUGCAGCAAAAUGAGAGGUGGAAAAACCAGGCUGGGAAGAAGCAAGGGCAUCUGAUGAGCCUUCUUGCCUUUGGCCCAGAACACAGCUCCGACUCCACUCUCUUUGAACUGACCUACCCCACUUUGAUGCAAGGCCUGGAGUGAUGUGUUCCUGCCCCAGAGCACCUUUCAUUCUGUGAAACCCAAAACAUGAGCACCAGUAGCCACGCAUGUCACGUCCCGGCGGUGAACGGGCACAUGACUCACUAUCCCGCCGCACCCUACCCAUUACUCUUCCCACCGGUCAUUGGCGGACUUUCCCUGCCUCCCCACCAUGGCCUCCACAGCCAUCCUCCUCCGAGUGGAUGUAGCACCCCAUCACCUGCAACGAUUGAAACACAGAGCACCAGCUCCGAGGAACUGGUCCCAAGCCCUCCGUCUCCACUUCCUCCCCCUCGAGUGUACAAGCCCUGCUUCGUCUGCCAGGACAAGUCAUCGGGGUACCACUAUGGGGUCAGCGCCUGCGAGGGGUGUAAGGGGUUUUUCCGCAGAAGUAUUCAGAAGAACAUGAUUUACACUUGUCACCGAGAUAAGAACUGUGUUAUUAAUAAAGUCACCAGGAAUCGAUGCCAGUACUGUCGACUCCAGAAGUGCUUUGAAGUGGGAAUGUCCAAAGAAUCGGUCAGGAAUGACAGAAACAAGAAAAAGAAGGAGCCUUCGAAGCAGGAAUGCACGGAGAGCUACGAAAUGACGGCCGAGCUGGACGACCUCACGGAGAAGAUCCGGAAAGCCCACCAGGAAACCUUCCCCUCGCUCUGCCAGCUGGGCAAGUACACCACGAAUUCCAGUGCCGACCAUCGAGUCCGACUGGACCUGGGCCUCUGGGACAAAUUCAGUGAACUGGCUACCAAGUGCAUUAUUAAGAUCGUGGAGUUUGCUAAACGUCUGCCCGGCUUCACCGGCUUGACCAUCGCAGACCAAAUCACCCUGCUGAAGGCAGCCUGUUUGGACAUCCUGAUUCUGAGAAUCUGCACCAGGUAUACCCCAGAGCAAGACACCAUGACGUUUUCGGACGGCCUGACCCUGAAUCGAACCCAGAUGCACAACGCCGGGUUCGGCCCCCUGACCGACCUCGUGUUCACCUUCGCCGGCCAGCUUCUGCCUCUGGAGAUGGACGACACGGAGACAGGCCUUCUCAGCGCCAUCUGCUUGAUCUGUGGAGACCGUCAGGACCUUGAGGAACCCACAAAAGUAGAUAAGCUACAAGAACCAUUGCUGGAAGCACUAAAAAUUUAUAUCAGAAAGAGACGACCCAGCAAGCCUCACAUGUUUCCAAAGAUCCUCAUGAAAAUCACAGAUCUCCGUAGCAUCAGUGCUAAAGGUGCAGAACGUGUAAUUACCUUGAAAAUGGAAAUUCCCGGCUCGAUGCCCCCUCUCAUUCAGGAAAUGCUGGAGAAUUCUGAAGGACAUGAGCCCUUGACCCCAAGCUCAAGUGGGAACACAGCAGAGCACAGUCCCAGCGCCUCGCCCGGCUCCGUGGAGAACAGCGGUGUCGGUCAGUCACCACUGCUGCAAUAAGACACUUUCUAGCUACUUCAAACAUUCCCCAGUACCUGCACUCCUGGGAUUGAAAAUGCAAGGAAAAAACAUUUUUACUGCUGCUUAGUUUUUGGACUGAAAAUAUAUUCAAACUCAAGAAGGACCAAGAAGUUUUCAUAUGUAUCAAUAUGUACCCCUCACUGUCUGACUUACCUAGAAGUACAAACUUUUUAAAUUCUAAAAAUCAAUCAGCCAUUUCAUGCAACCGAAAACCAGUUAAAGGCUUCUGUUCUCCUCUUUGAACACUCAAGAUUGCAUGGCAAAGACCCAGUCAAAAUGAUUUACCCCUGGUUAAGUUUCUGAAGACUCUGUACAUACAGAAGUAUGGCUCUGUUCUUUCUCUCCUAUACGUUUGGUGCUUUCCUUUUGUCUUGCAUACUCCAAAUAACCAAGACACCAAGGUUAUGGAACAGAUUACUGUACAUGUCCAGUUAAGAAAGGGUCAAAAAGAUAACUGUCUUGCCUUCGCAGAUCAAGACAUCGAGGUAAGGAAAUGGGACUGUCGUACAGUGUGGCAAGAUAAGGCAAAAGGUGUUCUACUUUAGUUAGUGUAGAAGCUUGUCCUUGCUCUCUGGAUGCUCUCAGACCGCAUCUUUUCUUUCAUGUUGCCCAGUGAAGUGUACAACAAAGUCACUGCACUAGCAGAAGAGAAUUCUGUAUCAGUGUAACUGCCACUUCAGGUAUCAAAUGUCAUUUGUUCAAUUGUGGAUGUCACUUUAAAUUAAAAGUUGGUUUAUUACUUGUUUAAUGACAUAACUACACAAUUUUUUUUAAAAGAUACAUUUUUACAAUAAUGAUAUAGCCUCCAAGGCAGAAACACUUUUCAGUGUUAAUAAAAGUUUUUGUUUACCUAUUCACAAGCCAUUAGGGAGGUUUCAUGGGAUAAUGACAGGCUGGUCUAUCAAUCAAUCACCUGCACCGUGUAACUCUGUAUCCUUCCUGAUUCCUGCUUGAUACUGGGCGGUUUUGCGUUGCCUCCCAAAGUCACCGGCAGAGAAUCUGCGUCCUCUGGCCUGGUUCAAUCAAUCAAUCAAUCAAUCAAUCACUAUGAACAGAGUGGAGGCUGGGGUGGAGUGGUUAACAGAUCCAAGUGUCAGUUUCUUAGUUCUCAUUUAAGCACUAGUAGAAAAAGUUUGUUUUUUUUUUUUUUUUUUUUGAUAUAUUAGCAAGUCUGUGAUGAUGAUGUACUUUCACUGGCUCUGUUUGUACAUUGAAAUUGUUUAACAAUGCUUUCUAUGUUCAUAUACUGUUUACCUUUUUCCAUGGAGUCUCCUGGCAAAGAAUAAAAUAUAUUUAUUUUAAAGGCGUA